AUGGCCAAAACGGAUUGGGAUCUAUUAGAUCGCCAAGCUCUUGGUGUGAUUUGUUUGACACUAACACAAAAUGUGGCGUUUAACAUCAUUAACGAUAAGACCACUGCAGGCCUGAUGAAGGCGUUAUCAAAUAUGUACGAGAAGCCAUCUGCUUCAAAUAAAGUCUAUUUGAUGCGUCGAUUGUUAAACUUAAAGAUGACAGAAGGUGGAUCAGUCACGGAAUAUAUCAAUGAGUUUAAUAUAAUAUUAACUCAGUUGAGUUCUGUUAAUAGAACAAUUGAUGACAAAAUCAGGGCGUUGAUUCUACUAUCAUCUCUACCGGAGAGUUGGUCUGCAAUAGUAACUGCAGUUAGCAGUUCAUCAGGAAGCACCAAACUCAAAUUGAAUGAUAUUAGAGACUUGGUUCUAAGCGAAGAUAUUCACCGAAGAGAAUCAAGUGAUUCACCAGUAUCUUCUUUUAAUACCGAAAGCAGAGGGAAAAGCAACCAAAGAGGACAGAGUUAUGGUCGUGGCGGAUCAAAGUCAAAGAGAAGAGGACAAUCCAAAAAUCGCAAGGACAUUACUUGUUGGAAUUGCGAUAAAAAGGGUCACUAUAGUAGUCAAUACAGUCCAGUCGAAUCUUGGAUUCUGGACUCAGGUUCAUCCUUUCACUCUACAUCAUUCAAAGAAUUAUUGCAUAAUUAUAUUGCUGGAAAAAUUAGGAAAUUUUAUCUAGCAGACGGUGAACCUCUCGACAUUGCAGGAAAAGUUGAAGUUCAUAUAAAUACUUCACAAGAAAUUAAAGAUGAAGAACCAGAAGCCAAAUCUGAAGAAGAAUUAAAAGCCAAAUUUGUAUUAGAACCAGAAUCGGAACUAGAGAUAGAAUCAAAUGCAGAACCAAAUCUGGAAUCAGGACAUGAAUCGAAUUCCGUUUCAGUUACUCAUGAACCUAUAUUGAGGAGAUAUAAUAGAGUCACGAAUGCUCCAGAUAGGUUAACUCUCUUUCUUCACUAUUUACCUUUAACUGAUGCUGGAGAACUAGAGCAUUUUUUUGAAGCAAUGCAGGUGAUAGACUCUGAUAAGUGA